GGAGUAGCCAUCGGUUGCAAUAUCAACAACUGCAUUCGCUGCUGCAACUGCGAGCUUAGGAGUCACAAUGCGUCGCCUCCUCCUCCUCGCCUGCGCCGCCUCCUUCGGCGUCCUCCGCUCGGAAGCCGUGCUGAUCAUCCCUCUGGAGCCGGACAUCCUGCCUCUCUUCCCGACCAACUUGGUGGCAGGAGCGACGGGCGCCGCUUUGGCCUUCCCUAUGGGCGCCUUCCUCCUGGCCGCCUCCAUCGCGCUCAAGGGCGCAGUAUUCAUCGGCGUCAUCAUCGCCGGGGCGCUGGACGGGGGGACGCUGGUGAAGAAGCGCUCCGUCAGCCAGAUCUCCGAGAUCGAAUCCGAGCUCCUGUCCACCAUCGGCCAGCUGGACACCCACGGCUGUAUCAUGAAGAUGCUGUGUAUCCUCCAGACGGAAUCCCCGGAGUCUCGCACGCCCGAGGAGAAUGUUCUGGUUGACCUCUUGUCUAGCAGCGUUUUGACCUUCUCGAACGAGGUCAACGCGACGGUUCUUAAUUCGAGCGAGGAGGGAGGUGUUCCGAACCACAGCGCUGAGGACUGUAAUGCGUUCUUUAGCAUGUGUGCUUACGAGAAAGAGAUACUGAGAGGGCUUCUUCGCCAUGUCUUUAGCUGCGGGAUGCCCUCCUUGUAAAUAGAGAAGGAAAGGGAUGGAGGAACGGAGAGAGGGAAGAAAGGAAAGGGAGGCAGAGGGAUAUAGGUACAUAGGGGGAGAGCGAAAGACUAGCAGACGGAGAGAGAGAGAGAGAGAGAGAGAGAGAGAGAGAGAAGAGAGAGAGAGAGAGAGAGAGAGAGAGAGAGAGAGAGAGAGAGAGAGAGAGAGAGAGAGAGAGAGAGAGAGAGAGAGAGAGAGAGAGAGAGAGAAUUCGAGACAGAGAGACAGACUGACAGAUAGAGAGAGAACACAAUCCUGAAUCAUAUUUCAAACAUUUCAUUUUAUCAUCAUAGGAACACUCCUGAAAAUCAAUUACGCCAAUAUCAUCUUAUUUCCUUCAUUUCAUUGAGGCGAUACUCAGUGAAUUAGCUCUACUCAGUAAGCUUAGCAAUAAAUUAGUAUCAUUACUGUUAGCAUUAUUGUUACCAUAAUUAUUAGUCAUAUAUCAUCAUCAUUAUCAUUUUUAUCACUAGUCUUGUUAUUGCUAUACCAUUAUUAUUAGCAUUAGCCUUGAAAUUGUUAUAGUCAUCAUAAUUACUGUUAUUCAUCAUCAUAUUUACCAUGCUUCAUUUAUUUAUUUACACAUAUCAUGUCCUUUCUGACUUCUAACAUUUUGUUAAUAAAUUUCGUGUAUCAAUAUUUUUUUUCAUUUUCUUACUGUGGCGAAUUUACAUUUUUUGUGUGUAUAUGUAUAUGUAUAUAUACAUAUAUAUAUAUAUAUAUAUAUAUAUAUAUAUAUUAUACAUAUACAUAUAUAUAUAACAUAUAUAUAUAUAUAUAUAUAUAUAUAUUACGCAUGUGAUAAUGUAAGUUUGCAUGUGUGCAUUUACACCAAAGGCCUACUUUGUGCUUUCUGCUUCCAUUGGAUCAUGGAUCUGUGCUAACAUCCAUCCACCUUCCUUUACAUUGCAGUUUGAUUUAUACUAUUUUUCUCAAUUCUACUCUUUUUAAAUUAUUUUUCGUUAUAUCACUUCUAAAUCACCAGUAUCUGUUAGAUCAUACUUUUCAAUGUAUGUUAUCUCGGUGUCAAACCUAUACUACCUCUUGUAGAGUUACUAAUGUUUCGGCAUUUCAUUACUUGAUUCUGAAGUAGAUAUGACAUCAAAAUAUCAUAUAUAUAUAUAUAUAUAUAUAUAUAUAUAUAUAUAUAUAUAUAUAUAUAUAUAUAUAUAUAUAUAUACAUAUAUAUAUAUAUAUAUAUAUAUAUAUAUAUAUAUGCAUCGUGGAAUCUAUUUUCCUUCAUUAACUUUUCUGCAUUUGUCGAGAACAAUGUCAGGCAAACUUCUAUAGACAUUUAUCAGUUUUGUAUUUAUUUCAUUAUUUGUAUUUUUCCUGUGCUCUUUAUUAUCCUGCUAUUGAUCUUUUUUUCUUUACUUAGUUAUUUUGUAAUUUUUAUUUUUAACACAGUUGUGAUAUUCUGCAAUGAUGUGAUGUGUAUUUAAAGACAUGAAUAAACAGUUAAGACAA